UCUGCCCGCUGCAGGAAAAGUAUCUGGGUUAUGUAGCUACGAAGGCAGACAUAUCCCAGCUCGUUAACGUUAGCUACCUUAUGUCAACUGUCCUAUCUGGUGAAUUCAAAUGCCAGCUAGCCUGUCACCCCCUGUGUAGACAGAUAUUAGCGUUACGACAAGAAACGUUUAGCUAACUAGGUUCGUCGAGAGAAGAGGAAAAUGUGCUCCCUGCACAGAGCGAGAGGCUCUGUUUUGGUGAUCUUCCUUCUGCUACACAGCGCUACAAGUUUCUAUCUACCGGGUCUGGCCCCUGUUAGUUUUUGUGAACCAGGACAAGCUGGGAAAGAGAAUGAAGUACCGGACUGUAAGUCGACCAUCGAGAUAUUUGUGAACAGACUGGAUUCUGUGGAGUCUGUCUUACCCUAUGAAUACACUGCGUUUGAUUUCUGCGCUAUCGACUCCGAGAAGCGCCCGUCUGAGAAUUUGGGUCAGGUUUUGUUUGGCGAGAGAAUUGAGCCCUCUCCCUACAAGUUUGAGUUCAAGAAGAAGGUGGAUUGUAAGCCGGUGUGUACUAAAUCCUACAACACCAACAAGCCAGAGGACAAAGCCCACCUGGACUUCCUGAAGAAAGGCAUGUUGCUCAACUACCAGCACCACUGGAUAGUGGACAACAUGCCGGUGACCUGGUGUUAUGACGUGGAGGACGGACAGAAGUUCUGUAACCCAGGGUUUCCCAUUGGCUGCUACGUCACUGAGGCGGGACGACCCAAAGACGCUUGUGUUGUCAACUCUGACUUUAAGGACAAAGACACAUUCUACGUCUUCAACCAUGUUGACAUCACCAUCCACUAUCAUGUGGUGGAGAACGAGGCUGCUGGGGCUAGACUGGUCGCUGCCAAGAUGGAGCCCAAGAGCUAUAAACACACCAAAGUGGAGGCCCCCGACUGUGCAGGAGGGCCCAUGUACCUGAACAACAAGUUCAGUGGAGAGCUGAAGAUCGGCUAUACCUACUCUGUCCAGUUUGUGGAGGACACGCACAUCAGAUGGGCAUCACGUUGGGACUACAUUCUGGAGUCCAUGCCCCACACCAACAUUCAGUGGUUCAGCAUCAUGAACUCUCUGGUGAUCGUUCUCUUCCUGUCUGGUAUGGUGGCUAUGAUCAUGCUGAGGACUCUACAUAAGGACAUUGCCAGAUACAACCAGAUGGACUCUGUGGAAGAUGCCCAGGAGGAGUUUGGCUGGAAGCUGGUCCAUGGAGACGUCUUCCGGCCUCCCAGGAAAGGCAUGCUCCUCUCUGUCUUUCUGGGAUCAGGAACUCAGAUCUUCAUCAUGAUGUUCGUCACUCUCUUCUUUGCCUGCCUGGGCUUCCUGUCCCCGGCGAACCGCGGUGCCCUGAUGACGUGUGCCGUGGUGCUCUGGGUCCUACUGGGCACACCAGCCGGCUACGUGGCUGCCCGCUUCUACAAGUCCUUUGGUGGGGAGAAAUGGAAGACUAACGUCCUGCUGACCUGCUUCCUGUGUCCUGGGGUUGUGUUUGCUGAUUUCUUUGUGAUGAAUCUGAUCCUGUGGGGAGAGGGCUCCUCUGCAGCCAUGCCCUUUGGCACCCUGGUGGCCAUCUUGGCUCUGUGGUUCUGCAUCUCUGUCCCCCUCACCUUCAUAGGGGCCUACUCGGCUUCAAGAAGACCGGGAUUGAGCACCCUGUGCGGACCAAUCAGAUCCCUCGUCAGAUCCCGGAGCAGUCGUUCUACACCAGAUCUCUCCCAGGGAUCGUCAUGGGGGGGAUCCUCCCGUUCGGCUGUAUCUUCAUCCAGCUCUUCUUCAUCCUCAACAGCAUCUGGUCUCACCAGAUGUACUACAUGUUUGGUUUCCUGUUUCUGGUGUUCAUCAUCCUGGUAAUCACCUGCUCUGAGGCCACCAUCCUACUCUGCUACUUCCACCUCUGUGCUGAGGACUACCACUGGCAGUGGCGUUCCUUCCUGACCAGUGGUUUCUAAAGAU